CCGUUUUCCACAUGGAUUCCUCACACUGGUCUUGUGCAUUCCAAAUUUCCAAUGCUUUUGAGUUCCACUGGGUUGUUUCUUCAACUAGUGAAGGAGCUGCUUAUUAAUUGAACAGAGCUACUUUGAACUUGGAAGAAUGCUCUGGGGAAAUGAAUCAAGUUUCAACGGCAAAGCGUUUGGUCCAGAGCUCAGUAGAAGUAGAACUCUUCAGAGGAUGCGACAUGGAAUUAAGAGCAAUCUUUCCUCAGUUGAUUUCACUGCGGAUCAAGUUAUCUUCCGUGCUCAGGAAGGUGUUGCUAGUAUCUGGAAUUUCUCGCAACAUUUCGAAAUCCAUCGCAGAGUCCGUGCUUUAAGUAAGAGGGAUGCGAUAAAGGGAAAAAAGAAUGCAGCGACGCAAGAUCCGAGCUGAGCUGAGGUGAGCAAUAAAACCGGUAGCAUCGAUCACGCUCAUACGCAGCCAAGAAAAAUUCAGUGAAUGGCAUAUGCCAUAUGGCCUAGUGUUCGUAUGAUCAGUGAAGAGGAGAAGCCAUAUAUUUUAAUUCCAAUUAAGUAAUAGUUAGUCUGCGUAUCAGUCCUGACUACGUCUCCACUUACAUCGCAUCAUCAAUUCAUCAUCGUUUCCUCCUAAUUUUCAAUUUUCCAACCGUGAUUUUUGGUAACAUAUGAGGAUUCUUUUUUGCUUCAUUAAGAAGCCGUACUGCCAUCGCCUGCCUGUUUCUUGCGGUUAUUUCUGCAGAAACUAGAUUUUGCUUCUCAUCUAAGGUUUAUGUAGUUUACAUGGGAAGCAAAACUAGCGAAGAUCCUGAUCAAAUUCUGAAGCAACACCAUCAAAUGCUCACUUCUGUUCACAGAGGGAGUGUUGAGGAGGCACAAGCUUCCCAUGUUUACAGCUACAGACACGGCUUCAGAGGCUUCGCAGCCAAGUUGACGGAUGAUCAAGCUUCCCAAAUUUCUGAUAUGCCCGGAGUAGUCUCUGUUUUCCCCAAUUCUAAGAGAAUUCUGCACACAACUCAUUCGUGGGAUUUUAUGGGACUUCCAGACGACGAAAACAUGAAGAUUUUUGGGCACUACACCAGAAACCAAGCAAAUGUAAUAGUUGGCUUCAUUGAUACGGGAAUUUGGCCAGAAUCCCCAAGUUUUAAAGACCUAGACAUGCCUCCAGUGCCAUCCAAGUGGAAGGGACAUUGUCAACCAGGAGAAGCUUUCAACGCUUCAUCUUGCAACAGGAAAGUGAUUGGAGCUAGAUACUAUGCAAGUGGAUUUGAAGCAGAGGAAGAUUUAGAGAACAAAUUUUCUUACAAAUCUCCCAGGGAUAGCUCUGGCCAUGGCAGUCACACUGCCUCAAUAGCCGUAGGACGCCACAUGGCAAACAUGAAUUACAAGGGAUUUGGAGCUGGAAAUGCUAGGGGAGGAGCACCAAAGGCUAGGAUUGCUGUGUACAAAACUUGCUGGGACUCAGGUUGCUAUGACGCAGACUUGUUAGCUGCCUUUGAUGAUGCCAUCCGAGAUGGGGUUCACAUUCUGUCUAUCUCUCUCGGUCCUGAAGCUCCCCAAGGAAACUAUUUCAGGGAUGCCAUAUCUGUGGGGUCAUUCCAUGCCGCUAGUCAUGGAGUGCUUGUGGUCGCAUCAGCUGGGAAUAGUGGAAAUCCUGGUUCUGCUACAAAUCUUGCACCAUGGAUGAUCACUGUUGCUGCUAGCUCAACAGACAGGGAUUUCACAUCCGAUAUUAGAUUAGGAAAUGGGGUUAACAUCAAGGGUGAGAGUCUAAGUCUCUUGGAAAUGAAAGCCAACACAAGGAUACUUCCCGCAUCUGAAGCCUUCGCAGGAUAUUUCACCCCUUAUCAAUCCAGUUAUUGUUUGGACAGUUCCCUCAAUGCGUCCAAGGCAAAAGGGACUGUUCUGGUGUGUCGCCAGGCAGACAGUUCAACAAAGUCAAAACUAGUGAAGAGUAAAGUGGUGAAAGAGGCCGGAGGAGUGGGAAUGAUACUUAUUGAUGAAUUAGAUCUAGAUGUUGCCAUCCCAUUUAUAAUUCCUUCAGCCAUCGUAAGAAGGGAAACGGGAGAAAGGAUUCUGUCUUAUGUUAAUAACACACGUAAGCCUACGUCAAGAAUUUUCAGAGCAAAGACACUGUUUGGAACUCAGCCUGCACCCCUUAUGGCGACAUUUUCUUCUAAAGGUCCCAGCUCUUUAACCCCAGCAAUUUUGAAGCCUGAUGUCACAGCUCCGGGAUUGAACAUCCUUGCAGCAUGGUCACCAGCUAAAAGAAACAUAAUGUAUAACAUUCUCUCAGGAACCUCUAUGUCUUGUCCUCAUGUAACUGGAAUUGCAGCCUUAGUUAAAGCUGUUCAUCCUUCGUGGUCACCAUCUGCUAUCAAAUCAGCCAUCAUGACAACCGCUACAACUCUGGAUAAACAACACAAACCCAUCAGAGCAGAUGCUGGACGAAGAAAGGCUAAUUCAUUUGAUUAUGGAUCGGGAUUUGUGAACCCUGCAAGAGUUUUUGAUCCUGGCCUCAUCUAUGAUAUAAAGCCAGAAGACUACAUAGAGUUCCUUUGUUCACUGAAGUAUGGUGCCAAGUCACUCCGGCUUGUUACAAGAGACAACAGUACAUGUCAUAGCCAUAGAAGACGCAAAGCUGCCUCUGACCUCAACUAUCCAUCUAUUACAGUGCCCAACCUCAAAGACAACAUUUCAAUAUCUCGAACUGUGACUAAUGUUGGAGAGGCAAGAAGUAUAUAUAAGGCUGAAGUGUCUCCUCCUGCUGGAGUUAAAGUCACUGUUGUGCCAAACCAACUUAACUUCAGAAGAGUUAGGCAGAGCAUCAAGUUCACUGUCAAUUUUAAGUGGUUUUCUCCCUCAAAGGGCUAUUCAUUUGGCUUCUUGUCAUGGAAGAACAGAAGAUCACAGGUCACCAGUCCUCUGGUUGUCCGGGCUGCACGAGCGAUAACAAGUUAACAAUGCUCUUCUGCUUAUAAAUAACAACAGUGCUUGUAAAUAUUUUGCAUUAGCUUAGAAUCUUUGUGGAUAGUGAUCCAUAUAGGCAUUAGAACAAGAUUCAUGCUGAAAUCUUGAUGCAUACCACUUUUAUAUAAUUGGAACAGAAAACACUAGUGACAGAAUAUGAAUGUAAACAAUGAUAGUUUGAAGCCCUCGCUACUAAAAGUGUAGAAUAUGCAUGUAAUUCGAAUCUUACGCGUUGCAAAGCCCAUUUUAUGCUGCAAUUUCUCA